UCAGUUACCCUGUUGCCUACGCUUGAGCAUUUCCUCAUUUGCAGUAAGUUUAGUAACACAGGUCUGUACAGUAGCAUUAGCCUCGGUACUGAAUCACUGCUGGACAUGGAGCACUUUAUCCAUCAUUAAACCAUCACUAAAGGCAAAUAUGGGGGAGAGCAUUGAUGUCAAGGCUCUGAGGGCCAGGUUCAACAACAAGGCCGGCAACUCGGACACCAGCAGCCGAGACAGCGGCUCCCCAAAAUCUCCACGACCUGGGUUUGGGAGACUGAUCCUGCCACUGACGGAGAACGAUCUGGCGCAUCACAGACUGUCUCCUACCAUUCCUCCUCCUCCGAUGGCUAGCCCAGGCCUGGGGAGGUUGCCAAGGGCAGAACCAAUGGCAGCCUCCAUCCCCGCCAAACCGGUUUCUUUCCCUCGACCGCCUCCCACUCCUGGAGUCAGAGCAUCCAUCCAGCCGGCAGAACCCGGCAAGGUGAAGUUGAAGGGGGAGAUGCUACAGAACAUGAUGAUGAGGCACCAGAGGCCUCCAGGCAUCAAGCCCGCCCUGGCUCCGGCAUCAGCUCAGUCCCCUGCACCAGCUCCCACGUCCACCCCGCUACCACUUCGACAGCAGCCCCGACAGAGGAGUGCAGGGGAUGUGACCCCACUCAGGAGGCCUCUACCCCCUGAAGGACCUCUUCCUUUGAAACCCAAACGCCCUCCCAAUGUCAACCUGGAGCCCUUUCUGAGGUCCAAUCGAGGACCUGCCCUUCCUGGUCCAAGAAAGAGUGACGCAGGUUCCCCGGGUUCAGCAGGCAAAAAGUUGUCUUUACCAACAAUCAUCAGUCCUCCAAAACUGCCACCACUACGAUCCAACAAACCCAGCAGGCUGCCGCGCCAAAUUGCCUCUGUGGACAUUGAGGAUAACCAGGACUUCUACGAUGACAUUGCAAGCUUUGAGAAGAACGAUUCCUGGAGUGACAACAGUUCACCGUGUAUAGAUGGGGAUGAUGAUGACGACGUGUAUGAGUUUAUUGAUGAGGACCAAUUGGAGCUAAACCGGUUAAAUGCUGAGAAGCAAAACAAAAAAGAAGCAAAGACACAACUUGCAAAGGAGAAGAAAGAUCAGAUGGAGCGUCAGAAAAAAGAAAAUGAGUUGAGGAAGAACUUUCAGUUGCAAGGUGAGGUGGAGGUUCUUCAUACAGCCAGAGUGAGACAUGACUGGCAUGGAGGAGGAAAGCUGGACCUCAGCGUACGCGAAGGAGAGAGCGUGGAGAUCCUCAGAGUGAAGAAUAACCCAGGAGGCAAAUGGUUGGCUCGCUCUCUUAAAGGAAACUGCGGAUACAUCAGUAACACAUGUGUGGAUGUUGACUAUGAGGCAGUAAAGCGCAAAUUGCUACAGUCCAGAAAAAUAGACACAUCACCGUUGCCUCCACCACCUCCAGACCCCCCACUGAUGUUAUAUGUGGAGUCCAACAGCAGUGACAGCAUGCUUCAAGAUGACGAUGACUAUGAUGACGUUCAACCAAUAACUGAGGGUUUCCCCCCACCACCACCUGAAAUCAGCAUAGAUCCCAAAGUGGAGAAAGAGCUAAGGAAAAGAUUUAAGUAUGAAGGGCCUCUCAGGGUGCUGCACACCAUGAUGGUAGAUCCUAAUAGCAUCAUAAAGAAGCCAGGGGGGAAGGAUCUGCACGUGACUCAAGGAGAAGUCGUGGAUGUCAUUCAGCUCACCAACAGCAAGAAAGCUCUGUGUUGCAACCAGUCUGGAAAAUAUGGCUAUGUGUCCAGAUCUCUUCUUCUUCAAAUGGAAGGAGACAUUUACGACGAUGUUGACUACGCAGGCAGUGCUGACGUCUACGACAACGACUCUCCACACACUGAUUAUUGAAACAAACUAAACACAGACUAAGACAGUAAGAGAGUGAUAUACAGACAGACAAAAGAAACAAACUAUAAACAUGUAAAACUUAAGCUAUAUAAUACUAUUAUGUAAGUUAUAUAAUUAAGUAUCCACCUGGAUACACAUUUUUGCUUUACUUAACUCCACCUGUUACAUUCAAUUAAAAAUGUUUAAACACCAGGCUGCCUGUUACAACUGAGGUGGAACAGAAAAUAGCUGUCUGGCUCACAAAC